ACGAGGGAGGUUUGUACAUUGAAAGAAAAACAUUCCUCACGUCGCAGUUUCGUAAAGUUUCCUUGUCGAUUUCACGUGCGAGGUGACCGUUUUUAAAGUUUUACAUUUUAAGCUGUUUUAAGGUCAGACAUGGACAACGCCAACCCUCGAAUCCGGGCAAAGGUGGAGACUCGUGUGGUCACAGUGACUGAUAAAAAUGAUGCUGUGGCAGACGAGAUUGAUAACAGAGAAGUUUUUGACAUGAUUCGAGACAUAAAUGACCCGGAACACCCACUCACGCUGGAAGAGCUAAAUGUUGUCGAACAGGAUAAGUGCUUUGUGGACAACGAGGAGGAGACGGUGCGCAUUGAAUUCACUCCAACGAUUCCACAUUGCAGCAUGGCGACCCUUAUCGGACUUUGCAUUCGAGUCCAGCUUCUCAGAUCACUCCCAGAGAGGUUCAAGGUGGAUGUCGCCAUUAGUCAAGGAACGCACGCAUCCGAAGUUGCAAUCAAUAAACAGUUGGCCGACAAAGAAAGAGUUGCCGCCGCACUUGAAAACUCGCAUCUGAUUGAAGUCGUAAAUCAGUGUCUGGUUGCAAAAGGUUAAUAUUAACAAGUUGCAAACAAGGCUCGAGUCAAGCUGGUCUACACAAUUAUAUAGGAAAUACAAAUUUAGUAUAUAAAUUGACUUCUCAAAUUUACCACUUUUAUUUUAACUUGAUCACGUCACGACAGAUUUUACUCUGCCGUCAUUAUAACAUUUGAAAAAUGUAUAUUUAUGGAAAUAAAAAAAUUUGGAAAAGAU